UCGAUGUUAUUGAAAAAUAGAAAAUAUCGUUUCAAUUGAAGCUCUGCAAAAUAAACUUCAACCAAAAUAUCAUAAUAAGCACACAAGUUAUAUUUUUGAAUGCAAUUGGAAACAACUAAGUCAAUGCAUUUCUAAUAGCAUUAAGCUGUUAAUUAUUAUUGAUAGCCAUAGUGCCUCACCUCUCCACUCAGAUGUGUUUCGCAACGUGCAUUUUGCGGCUCUUUGAGGAAUUCGUUAGUUAACAAAACCAAAACAAAAAAUUGAUUGAAUAAUGGAAAUUACUCUUGCGCUGCUAAAGCCACACGUGCUGCGUAAUAGCUACGCACUACAACAAAUAAAAACACUAAUAGGAAAUAAUUUCACUAUUCUGGAAUCCAAAGAAGUCUGUAUUACCAAGGAAUUGUCGGAACGUUUCUACGCUGAGCACAAAGGAAAAUUCUUCUACCAUCGGCUUAGUACCUUUAUGAGAAGCGGUCCUUGCUACGCAUUUAUAUUAGAAUCGGAAUCAUGCAUUGCCAAGUGGCGCCAUCUAAUGGGGCCUACGAAAGUAUUUAAGGCUGUCUAUAGCGAACCAAAUUGCAUACGAGCUCUCUACGGAUUAUCGGACACUCGAAACGCCUGCCAUGGAUCGGAUAGUGAAUCCUCUGCGUUGCGAGAGAUUGCUAUACUGUUUCCAGAGUUUAAAAUCCGAAAGCCCGACAAGCAUAUUCAGUGACCAAUCUACCUCGUGAAAAUGAACUUCGAAAUAUGUUAAUUGCAAAAGUCAAAAUACAAUUUUCAAUUUAUUGCGAGUGCCUUUGCUAAAACACAAAAUGAAAUGAUACACCUAAUGCUUAAAGAUGUUGAUCGCCAUAUCUGGAUUGUCUCUUUGAUAAGCAUUGGUUUAAAGACGUGCUGUGACUUGCUUAUUAACGGAACUUAUCGAAUUAUUACACCCUCAAAGAUAAAUUUAAAAUAGUUAUUUGCUGCUCAGGACAACAAUUUUGUACACAUAAGUCUUAGAAGGAAGCUGGUUUUACUUUCUCAUUGUGAAAACUUCAAGACGUCUGUUCGUUUUAUAUUUGAGAUGCUCAAUGUAUGUAUCAUUCUACUCGAAAGUAUUUUGGCAGAUGAAAAACCUGUCCACCGUACGGAAAUUUAAAUCAAUUUGGUGACAUUUGUAGAGGUCGUAUAUAUUUUUGUUAUAUGUGUUUUUUGGAAACAGUUCUCACUCGAGUAAAUCGAAAAUCGAUGCGAUUGCUGAAGUCCCGCUUAUAUAAAUAAAGCAUGUCUGGUUUA